UUCUGUUUCCGGAGAUACUCUCGCCGGAUUUUCACACUUCUCCGUUUUUUUUUUGUGUUUUUCACUUUUAAAUUCCUUUUUCCCUGAGCUGCUUCUCGGUGAUUGAAGAUGAUUCAUUUUGGUUGUGAAACUUUGAAUUUUCUGGCAGAAAAAUUGUGUAACUAAGAUUUCUGGGGAUGGAGAUUGAUUUGGGAGCAAACGCAUUCGGCGUCGACUUUCAUCCCUCGCAGAAUCUGGUGGCUACCGGUCUCAUCGAUGGCCAAUUGCAUCUAUACCGAUACAUCCCAGAUUCUACACCUCUCAGGGUUCUUCAAGUUCGGGCACACAAGGAAUCGUGCAGAGCUACUCGGUUCAUCGAUGAUGGGCAAAGAAUCGUCACUGCUUCGGCUGAUUGCUCCAUUUUAGCUACUGAUGUUGAGACUGGCUCUGUUGUUGCCCGCCUCGAGAAUGCUCAUGAGGAGGCCAUUAACGCUUUGAUCAAUGUCACUGAAACAACAGUCGCAUCUGGGGAUGACAGUGGUUGCAUUAAGGUUUGGGACACCAGACAGCGCUCUUGCUGCAAUGAGUUUGGUGCACACGAGGAUUACAUUUCUGGUAUGACCUUUGUGUCUGAAUCAAUGAAAUUGGUGGCAACAAGUGGAGAUGGGACUAUGUCCGUCUGCAAUCUCAGAACAAAUAAGGUCCAAUCUCAGUCUGAAUUUUCUGAAGAUGAGCUGCUUUCUGUUGCUAUAAUGAAGAAUGGCCGUAAGGUUAUUUGUGGAACACAAAGUGGCACCAUCUUGUUGUAUUCAUGGGGAUUUUUCAAGGAUUGCAGCGACCGGUUUGUUGAUCUGUCACCAAAUUCAGUUGAUACUCUAUUAAAGCUUGACGAGGACAGAGUCAUAACUGGAUGCGAUAAUGGAAUAAUUAGCCUCGUCGGAAUACUACCCAACAGAAUAAUACAGCCGAUUGGAGCACAUGAGUUUCCUAUCGAAGAUCUUGCGCUCUCUUACGACAAAAAGUUUCUUGGUAGCACCGCACAUGACAGUACACUGAAGUUAUGGGAUUUGGACGAGAUUCUAGAAUCUUCCAACGGAAACUUGGACAAGGAAGCUGCGGCUUCUGGAGGCAGUGAUAGCGAGAAUGACAUGGAUGUCGAUACCAAUCCUCCCAAGUCUUCUAAAGGAACCAAGAGGAAAACAGCAAGCAAAUCAAAUCCUUCAGACACAAGUAGUUUCUUCGCAGACUUGUAGAAUUUGUCCUGAAACUCUUGUCAUCCUUCAGACACAACAAGCCCCGGUGUUUUUGUUUUUGGUAUUUAAUGCCAUAAAAUGCAAACUUAAAACAGAAGAAGAAUAUCAUGUAUUAAAUAACAAUUUAAAUAAAAUUUUAU